AUAGUGAUGACGACGAGAUAUGAGAACAGAGGAAACCACGAGGCCAUUCUCAUUACCUCGUGAUUGGCUGAUGUUGUUCAUAAUUCAUCAAUCUCCUGGAGGACAGAUGUAGACAUGGCACUGUCUGGAAUGAUAGCAUUUGGGUUGCUGGUACUCUUCACAGACUGUGUAAAUGGACAAGUUAGGUACCCUGAACCUGUGAUAGUUAAGGCAAGUACUAGAGCUGCUCCAAUCACAUUCGAAGUGGAGUCAUCGACGCUUCAGUCCACUUCGGUCCAUUUGUACAGAGCUCCACCAAAGGGAGCUAUCCAACGAUUGAUGUAUUUCACACCUGGUUCGUCAAAGGCUAAUAAAGACCCCGAUAUCGACCGUAGAGUUUCUGCGUCGGUGAAGGGUAAUAAAGUGUCACUGACUAUUUCAAGACUGGAGCCCAAAGAUGCUGGCUUGUAUUACUGCGCCUUCUGGAGUGGAGACAGGAAAGUCUUCGGUUCGGGUACAAGACUUUAUGUGACAGAGCCAGGGAAAGACAAGUUCACGGCGCCAACGUUAUCUGGGUACCUACCAUCAAAAAAAGACAAAAACAAAAAAGACAAAAACGGCAAGCAAACAAUGUUAUGCCAUGCUAGUGGCAUGUUCCCUGACUUGGUGAGAUUUGAAUGGAAAAAAAAAGAUGCAGAUCAAUGGACGGCUGUAUCAGAAGGAGAUGUUGUGGAGCAGAGGAAUGAAAAACCAGAGGUCACUGUGACAAGUAUGUUGAUUGUGGAUAAAGACAAAGCCCAAAAUGACAACUACAAAUGCACUGUUAUCCAUGAGGGAAACACCGAUGGAACCAAAUCUCUGGAAAUGAAGGAAGAAAGCAGUGAGCCGGCACAGAAUCCUGAACAGAACGCAAUUACCCCAUGUCCAACAAGCACUGAGGUGCCCAAGGAAAUGCAAAAAUCAGGAGAUUCGGAGCAAAUGCCAAGCAUGUUCCUGUUUAUCUAUGCAUACCGUGUCUUGCUCUUGAAGAACGCUUUAUUUUUUUGCGUCGUGUCCAUAUUUCUAUUGAAGAGGAAAGCUGCAAGAAAAGACAAAAGCUCAGAGACUUAAUCCACAAAAAGGGAACAUUUCGCAAACUAAAGAACAGACGCAUAUCUGCAGCAAUAUCAUCCCUGCUUGAAUGCAUGGCUUUUAAAUACGUUGUAGAUCUGCUUUGCACAAUUUAUUUUUGCAUCUUUGGAAAGUUAUGUUUUCGUUUUCAUAAAUGUAUAAUGCAACCAAAUUUCAACUCUUUUGUUUUCGCAUUGUACCGUUUUUGCUGCAUUCUCAGAAUUUGUUCAAUAAAAUCUACACUUUUUCA